AUGCAAAAGGCUGCCUUGACCAAUGUUGCUGGGGUCCGGCUGUGGACGCGUUCCCAAAGGAUUACUGCAUGGAGCCGCCAGGUCACGUUGUCCGCCAGGAAGCAACUACUGGAGUUCUCAAUAACAAUAGAAGGAUUCCCGGAGGAUGAUGGGGAGCGCAACGAUCAACUGGAGGAAUUGCUCCAAGUAGUUUCUCGCAGUAUGACCCCAGGUGACUUGCAAGAGCUGCAAGUCGAGACGGCCAUGGCGGCAGGUGAAUGGCGGGCGCGGUUCGGUCAUCUGGCCAGCGUGACGCGACUCUACGUAGCUGGCGCCGACGAUGGGCUCCUCGACGCCAUUUCGACCAAGCAAAGCGCGGAAUUCAGCUCCGGUCAUGAGAGCACCGGGAAUGUCAAUGCCGGCGUCCUGUUUCCGGCUUUACGCGCCCUGACCAUUGAAGAGCACUCCGACGCGCUUUACACGAGCGACUUUGUUGGCAGGCUGGCAUCUGUCCUGCACGAGAGAAGGGCACAUGGCCAUGGUUUAGAAAGGCUCACUCUUCGCGGCGUCGAAGAGCACGCGGGAGUGCACCAGACACUGCUGAUGGAAGCGGCCCCCUGCCUCACAAUACGUCCGCCGGCCCCAGUCCAUAUCCGGACGGAGGGCGGACCGUCGGAUGAAACCGAUGACGAGGAGCUGACACUUGGAGAGAGGCGCGUUGUCAGAGAUGCCACAUCGGCUGGGCCUCCGGACGGGGACAGCGACAGCGUGUUAGGAAGCGAUGUCCUAACUAGUUGUCUUGAGAUAACUGGGCCACGUGCCAACAGUUAUGUCGUCACUACCUCAGUAAUCGCUGUAUUCAACAGGAGGUUGAACUAA